GCAACAGCGCCGAAAAUGGACCGAAACGGCUACUUCUUUUACGUCACCUCUACCGCGAAAAAAAAGAAAAUCAGCCUAAUGCAACCUAAGCCUCCGCGCGUGGCGUUUGUUGACGAAAAGCGGCGGUCUGAAGCCAGUGUGGCUUUGAACGCCACUUGGGACGGACGUGGGGACUCUAUGACGCAGCGCGGUCUGUCUCCAGCGCCACGCGCGCGACUCUACACGCAGUUGGAAAGUUAUCAGCCGCGAUAUCAUACUAUACGUGAUACAAGUGCGAAGGAUAGUGAGUGCAGGAGACGCAGGAAGGAGCAAAGGAUUGUUGGAUACCCGCCCAGUAUGAGAACAUCAACGAAAUGCGCGAGCGGGUCUCCACACCGCGAGCGGCGGCGGCGCGAGGACGAUGCUGCGGGGUUCAGUGCUGCGCUUCAUCGAGCGCCGCCGCCGCCGCCUCCCGCGCUGCUGAGAAGGCUCGGCGUCAAAGAGCCCACAGGCGUUGGGAAGGUGAAAGUGAUGCUGCGCGUAGGAGCAUCAGGCGAGGGUCCGUUCACCAGCGGCACUCAGACCUUCUCGAUGGAUAAGCGCAAGAAGCAGGUCAGCCUGUGCGAGACGGCUGCCAGUGCCGCCUCCGCCCCCGAGGACAGGAAAGUUGGCGUGGCUGCUCCGAAGAUGUUCGCCUUCGAUGCUAUAUUCUCGCAGGAUGAUUCUCAGACUGAAAUCUGCUCGAGUGCGUUGACAGAUGUGAUUCACGCGGUGAUCAACGGGACGGACGGUUGCCUCUUCUGCUUCGGACACGCAGGACUUGGUAAAUCCUACACAAUGUUGGGGCGACCGGACGCGGCGGCGAAUCUCGGGGCGAUACCGUGCGCUAUAGCGUGGCUGUUCCGCGGUAUAGCCGAGCAGCGCCACAAGUGCGGCACGAGGUUCUCUGUGAGGGUGUCUGCGGUAGAACUCUGCACCAAUACUAAUCAGAUACGAGACCUCUUAGCCCCUUAUCAGAAUGACACGGAGCAAUCUCCAGGAGUAUACCUCCGCGACGACCCGCUCUUCGGCACCCACUUACAAAACCAGUCGGAGCUGCGAGUCCACAGUGCUGAGAAGGCUGCGUUCUACCUCGACGCAGCACUCGCCACGAGAGGGACGAGGGAAGAGGGGAAGGACAGUCACCUUCUGUACACUCUUCAUGUAUAUCAAUAUAGCGUUGGAGGGAAGGGUGCUGUUGCCGGAGGUCGAAGUCGUCUACACCUGAUAGACUUAGGCAACUCUGAACGAGGGAAAACCAACGGAGGAAUACCUCUAUCUGGAUUAGGAAACAUUCUUCUCGCUAUAUUCAACGGUCAACGACAUCUUCCCUAUAGAGACCAUAAUCUUACACACGUGUUAAAGGAAUGUCUUGGCUCUCUUACUUGUCAUACUGCUAUGAUAGUCCAUGUGUCACCCAACGUCCAAAACUAUUCAGAUACUUUGACAACCCUGCAGCUAGCUUCAAGAAUACAUAGACUGCGGCGAAGGAAAGUUAAGUAUUCUGCAAACAACAAUGCUGGGUCUGGUGGAAGUUCUGGUGAAGACGCUUCUAAGCCGAGCAGCAGUGAACCCGAUCCAUCAAGUAGCGAUCUGUCUGCUGAUACUGUGAUUUAUGUAGGUCCAUUGGAUGACGCAACGGAUGGUGAGCAUCCACCAGUAUAUAUUCCGCAUAUUAACUCCGGGGACAAUAGAUGUGUGUUAAGCAAAGCUUUAAGAGGUUCAGCGGCUGAACAAAAACAUAAAUCAUCACUAUCAAAAGUUGUUGAAGAGAAAAGUCCGGUACACAAACUACAUUCAUCUCCUAAGGCAUCGCCCUUGAAGACUCUACAAAGUCAUACUCCCAAACCAUCACCAGCACAUUCUAUCGCAUCUAAAUCAACACCCCUAAAGAAAGUUUGCUCUAAACAAUUCUCAGAAGAGGGGAAAAGUACCAGUGACGAACAGUGGAUUGAUGGUCCAAGGAUAUCUAAAUCUAAAUUGGUCGAAGCGAGACACAUAAUAAAGGAAACUCAAUGUAAGAAGCGCGAGACAUGGAUCGACGGGCCUAUGCAAGAACCUAAGCUGCCUCUCCCGUUUGAGCCUCCACCUGUCCAAUCCAAUCCUAUUCCUUUACAAAUUGGCGUACUUAGUGCUCAUGGAAAUGAAAACAUAGGCUAUGGAUAUAUGGACAACCAUAAGAAAAAUAUGAUUAGAAAAUGGGUUGAGAACCAAACUUCACAAAUCCACAAAUCAAGGCAUAGUUCUCCAAGUCACAAAGGCCAUAGAGAUCCUAAUUCGAGGAUACCAGAUGAAGCUGAAUCUCACAGAGUAGAAAUGAAAGAAGCUAUAAGACGUGUUCACGUCGAAGAAUCAACAAUAAGAACUGGGUUAAAGGCAGGUUCAAAAGGAAUGGCAAUAGAAGAAGAAAAUAUUGGGCCGCCUGAUCAAAACUCACUAUUCAAAAGAUCUAAUAAUACUAAACAACCUAAAAAUGAAAUAGAUGACGACGAUGACAGCGAAGAAUUAGCUGAAAUACCACCCGCAUUACCUCUUAUACAGCCGAGUAGUCUUAGUAGUAGGGAAGUUUCUAUGGAAAGUUUAGAUAGUAAAUAUAAAGAAAGAUUAAGAAUGGAUGAUGAAAUGGUUUCUAAUCAUAGCCGAGAUAUUGAUCCCCACGGGAUGAGUAGAGGACCAGACGACGAUGAUGAUGAGAUUCUAGAAAUCAUUGAAGUUGAAGAGCCUUUAGAGCCAGUUCCAAUGCAAGAUUGUUGUCUUCAGGUCACUGAAGAAGACAUUGCAUUUUGUAUGGGUUUCUCUGAGAACCCACUGCCAGAAGUUGAUCAAGAAGACGACGAUCACCCCCUUAGAAUUCUGAGCCAAGAAAAUCUUACGGUCGCGUCAACAUUUACAGAUACGCUAUCAUUGUACAGUGAAAUUGAAAGGCAAAUUAAAAAAGAAGCGUAUCUAAGACAAACGAUUGAAUUUUACGCAGAAAAUUUUAGUAGUGAACCGCCAUUCGGUGACUUAAAUCCACACGAGAGUUUACCUUCAUCUAGAUCUCGUAUCGAUGAUUUAAUAGGAUUAACUGAACUAUACGCAUCCCGCAGAAUGUUAAACCAAAGUGAACUGGUUAACUCAAGGAUUGCGCCCCAGUUCCAAUCACUCUCGCUCUGUAACGUUCGUGACACAGACGAAUAUCAUGGCGAUGGAUCAGUGUACAGCGAACCAGCGUACAGGCCAAGUGACAAGAUUUGCGACAGCUGCAAACGAACUAUGUCGAGACCUGGUAGUGCCGUAGGUUGUGCGUACCAGGACUUGGAUGGUGGUCACAACGACUGUUACGGCCCUUUCGAAAGGUAUAGGGGCAACGAUACAACUGAUGCAAGAAUAGCAUCCCUCAGACAUCCCGAUGGCGCAUCAGAUCCCAAUUUACGCGAAGAAAGGCGAAUGCCUGGAAACGGCGCUCCGUCGACCACAUUUCGGGAAUUAAAAUCGAACCUGCAUCUCGAAGUCACACCUCCUGUAGUGACGACAGAACCUCGCUCAGAAAAGAUAGAGAAGGGAGAUAAAAUUGUAGCUAGAGUAGUUGCCAGUUCCAAACCUGACGGAUAUGAUAGUGGACAUGAGUCCACGCCUAGAACAGGAAAACACAGUCCGGCGGCAACAUCGCGACGCGCUGAAUCAGGAUAUGACUCCGUCCCAAGGGAUUCUGACGCUUCUUCGCUGGACUCUUACCCGACUCGACGCGCGGCCGUCGCAAGGGCGCACGCGAAGAAACACACCACAGCGAAAUACAAGCAGCACAGCGACCGUUCCUUCUGCUCGUGGCUUCGAAACCCCUUCACCUGCAAAUACGCCGACACCGACCCCGAAAUAAGCGACUUCUAAAUCAUAUUUCGCCACUGUAAACAUUUAAAUAUUAUCUACGUAUCGUAAGCUACGUUACCGAAUUUAAUCUGGAGACUGCUUUUGUACUUUACUCGUAUUUAUAAAUUGAGAAGCUUGGCUCUAAUCCGACGAGGUUACCACUGUAUUUUUCUAGUUCUGCUUCAGUGCUCUCAUAUCUAUGGAUACGUAUCACUUUUGUAAAUACUGAUGUUAUGCAACGAACUAUAAAAGUUAUAAGCGUUGUCUUCUGCUCAUUUUUGUACUUUUAUACUGUAUUCUUGGUCUCCUAUAAUUAUUUUGAUUCAAUAUAGCUUUUAUAAAUGUAACGACAUAAACCGAUUCGAAAUGUCUUCCUCCGUCUUCCUCUCGCCGCAAUGUUUUUACAUUCUCAAAUACUUUUUAUAUUUUUUCUAAAGCGACUAUGAAACCUCUGACUUUAAUAGCCAAUCAGCCGUCUUGACUGCUCUCCAUUGCAUUGUGAUGUCAGAUGCAAAGUUAAAUUGAAUAUUGAACUAAAUUCACAUUCUUAGGAAAUAAGACUGUUAUUAUAAUUGGCCAUGUCUACGCAUAGCUUUAAUAUUUGAAAUUGAAAUAACUAGGAGCUGUAAGAGCGUUUAAUUUAUAUUAAAUGUAAUGCAAUGACACGCUCCACUAUUGGUAGUGACGUCAGCAUGUUCGUCUGUACAUAGCACAUACAAUCAUGGCUUUACAAAAUGUUGGUGAACUUAGUUAAUGCUUAUAUUGUCAAUGUUUCUGUUAUCGUACGAUUAAUAUUAUAUAAAUAUAUAUCCUAAAUUCUACUAUACGUUCGUAUUAGUUUACAAUAAAUUGUUC